AUGGGCUUCUCUCUUUCGCCGCCGACGCUCCUCAUUCGCUUCCUGGAUUUCGUCGUCAACCUCGUCCUCCGCUGUCUUGGCCUCCACGCGCCGCCGGUGCCAGACGCGGCGGUGCCGGACUGGUACGUCGACGAAAACCUGGCCAGCUUGCAGUUGGAGGACGUCGACGGCGGUUCCUGGUCGGAGUCGCUCAAGGAGCUGCUCAGGGUGGUGGAGUUCUCGCGGUUGGCACGGCGGAGCGGCUGCGGCAGCACGUGCGUCAUAUGCCUGGAGGAGGUGGAGGCGACGGCGGAGGUAAGAGAGCUCGGCAACUGCGGCCAUGGGUUCCACGUGGAGUGCAUCGACCCGUGGCUGGACGCCGGGAACCUGAGCUGCCCACUUUGCCGGGCGUCGAUGUUGCCUCCGCCGCCGUUUUUGUUCACCGGCCAACAUUCCGUCGAGUCCUCUUAG